GACCACUAUUAUGGAUGAAGAGGCAGUAGAAAACGAAAAUGGGGUGCAACAUCACGGCAGCGGCAGAAAGAAAUACGAUACGAUGACCCUGAUCCCAACCUUGAUGGUUUCGAAGUCUCCUGUAAGCAUGGCAGAAAUAAAAAACUUUCAUGUAAGGAUAUUCCUUUCGAAGAUCUAACAAAAGUUUUAUUCACAAAAAGACAAGGUUAAGCAAGAUACGAAACUGUCUCAUUUAACUGAAAUUGGAACUCCUAGGAGAAAGAAACGUUCA